CUCCUGCUGCCAUGUUGGAUGUAUGUAUGCAUCAGUGCUGCAGCUGCUGGAGUUUCCGAAUGAAAGUUCAGUGUUUAUCCAUCUAUGGACACCUAACGAGUCCUUGGUUUUAUAUUUAACAUCAAUGGGAGAAUAGGAGGUUUUUCCUAAGCAGGAGCAAGACUGGAAAACAGCUCGUUUCCAUCUCCUCCUCCGCCCUCCUGCUCGGAGUCGGACUGCGCGGAGAUGAUCCGGUUGCAGGCCACAGCAACCGGAGCCCGCAUGGAUUUUCUGUAAUUACUACCGUUUGUAGAGCCCUUGCCAAGGAUAACUGCAUAGUUUCGGGGUUGACUACAAAAACCAGGCGCUAUGAACAGCCAUCGGCCGCCCCGCAUGGCUGUUAAUGUCGGCUCCCUUCUGCUGACCCCUCAGGAGAACGAGUGCCUGUUCGGCUACUUGGGCAGGAAAUGCGCCACCCUGUGUUCGGCAGUGGUCCAGGUGUAUGGGGCUGAGCGGAGCUAUAACUGGGUGAAGAGGUGCUGUGGAGUGGCCUGUCUGGUCAAAGACAACCCCCAGAGAUCCUACUUCAUCAAAGUGUUUGACAUCAAGGAAGGGAAAAUCAUGUUUGAACAGGAACUCUACCACAACUUCUACAUCAGCAGCUCGAGACCCUACUUCAUUUCAUUUGCAGGAGACACAUGUCAGAUGGGUCUGAAUUUCGCUAGUGAGGAAGAAGCCAAACGAUUCAGAGCCACCAUCAAUGACUUGCUGAACCGACGACAGCGUAAAACAGAGAAAAGAGGCGACCCUAAAAAUGUUCCAGCAGUCUCCCUCCAGGAAUUUGCUGACAUUUGCCCGACACUGCUCAUGGCCACAGUGGACAUCAAGAACCCGGAGAUCAAUAAUGUCCGAUUCCACAACUCCCAUAGCCAUCAGCAGCCGUAUCAUGUCAACAACAUGCUGAGCCACAGCGGCCUGAGCUGGAAGGACAAGAAGACCAAAGGCAAGAAGAAGAAGCUGACGAAGGCUGAUAUCGGCACACCAAGCAACUUCCAGCACAUCGGUCAUGUGGGCUGGGAUCCAAACACAGGUUUUGAUCUGAAUAACCUGGACCCUGAACUAAAGAACCUGUUCGACAUGUGCGGCAUCUCUGAGGCACAGCUUAAGGACAGAGAAACAUCCAAGGUCAUCUAUGACUUCAUUGAGAAGAAGGGUGGGGUGGAGGCCGUCAAGAGUGAACUGAGAAGACAGGCACCCCCUCCACCACCUUCUCGUGGUGGCCCUCCUCCACCACCGCCACCUCCUCACAACUUGGCUCCACCCCCACCUCCACCUUCCAGAGGAAGCCGAGGUGCCCCUCCUCCCCCUCCUCCAUCCAGAGCCCCUACUUCAGCCCCCCCUCCACCGCCUCCCUCUAGACCAGGAACUCUCGGUGCCCCGCCUCCCCCACCUCCUCCCUCCAGGGGAAAUCACCAGCCUCCUCCUCCACCCCACCACCAUCACCACCCGUCUCCCCCUGCUCCUCUUCCCUCACAUGCCUCUGUCACCCCCCAAGCUCCACCCCCUCCACCUGCCCCACUGGCACAGCAUUCUCUAGCAAGCAGCACCCUUGCAUCCCCACCUCCCCCUCCUCCUCCACCUCCCCCACCUGGCCCACCCCCUCCACCAGAGCUGGACAUUGUGGGUGGGGUUGGAGACUCGCCUCAUUCGCUGAGCCCAGGUGGAAAAUCGGCACUGUUGGAGCAGAUCAGAGGAGGAACCCAGCUGAAGAAGGUGGAGCAGAACAACCGAGUGCCGCCUUCAAGUACUGGACGCGAUGCCCUGCUGGACCAAAUCCGGCAGGGAAUACAGCUCAAGACUGUGUCGGAUCAUCCAGAGUCCGGCCCUCCAACACCAGCUCCAGCAACAGGCAUUGUCGGUGCUCUCAUGGAAGUGAUGCAGAAGAGGAGCAAAGCCAUCCAUUCCUCAGACGAAGAUGAGGAUGAGGACGAAGAUGAGGACUUUGAGGACGACGAUGAGUGGGAUGACUAGUGAACAUACCCCCCCCCCCCCCCCCCCACACACACACACACAACACCACCACCCCUCACAUCUGCACCUUUAGCCAACACUAAAAUAUCUCCUAAAAACCUUCUAUUAUCUGACUGAAAAUUGUAAAUGUUGUAUGAACUUCCUGUAUAUUUAUUUUUGUCUUAUUUGCUCUUUUUUAAUGAUUACUAUAAAUAAUCUGUGCAAUACCUCAUCCGUUAAAUCUGGUCCAUUCAUCACACACCCUCACAUCUCCUCGUGUGAUUUCCCUCAUCCUAAUAGAAAGCACUUAAAUCCAGCAUCAGCGGUGCCAGCUACAUUUGAUUCUCACUUCUAGAAAACACUUAACUUUCAGGAGUCAGAGUCUGUGUCCGAGUCUUUGGGAAGUAUUUGUGUGUGUUCAUGUCUUCAUUCCUUGUUUAAGAAACUUAAAAGGGAGACCAAAUGGGCAGGAUCCUCUUUGUGUUUACUAGUGGUUGGUUUAAUACUAGAUAACACUAUUUUCUUACCGAGUUUCUUUUUGUACUUUCAAGUUUCCUACAAAAUUAUAGUUUAGUUUUUUGUUUGUUCUGUUGUUUGUUUGUUUUUUUGGUUUGUUUUUUCCCCCCAUUGGAUUACCAAAAUGCAGUGGCUCUCUUGCCUCAUGUCCUCAACUUUUUUUUUUAUGUAAUUAAAGCUGUUUAUUUGGUUUCCAUGAUACUUCCAUUUGGGGAUUUGUGUGUGUGUGCCUGUGUGUGUGUGUGCGCGCAUUUGUUUUUGUCAACUUUUACAGGAUAUUUCUAAAAGUUUUGCCACUUCAGACAGGUUAGCGAGUUUCUUUAGCUGAAGGAGUACAUGUGAAAUUGUGGGUUUUUUUUUUUUUUUUUUUUUGUUCUUGCAUUUGGUUUGUCUUUCUUGUGACAUCAUUCCCUGCAGGAGGAAGCAUCAACAGUGUCUCAUAACAUUAAUGCCAAAAAGAAGAAAAACAUUUUUUUUUUUAAUUGAUAAUUUGUCCUCUUCUGCCCUUCCUGAUUUUAUGCAAUGUGACUAUAAACACCUCCUAAUGGAAAACAGUAGAAAAGGCAAAUAAUAAUGAACCAAAUAUCAUAUUUUCAAACAGCUUGUUAGUUUCAGAUCAGAUCAGAUCAGAAUACUUUAUUGAUCCCAAAGGGAAAUUACUUGGCGAUGCCUGUGAUCCUGCCUCUGUAAACAGUGUGGAGAAAUAACAGUUUUAACUGUUCAUCUAACAGUUUUAACUAUCCAAUGAUGAUGCUGCAUUAAGAAGCUAAGAUACUGAGGUCAAACCUGUGAAAAGGGUCAGGCAGGGUAAACGAGAACACUGAAAUGUCUACUUAAAUAAAUGUCAAUAUUUACAGAGAGAUGUUUGUCUUCUGUUCUGUCAGAAUGGGUUAGAGUAGAAAUCCACAAUGGUGUGCUGUGGGAUUUUGUGACAACCUUAAGUUAUUUUAUUAUACAAUUACACAAAACAUAUUCCAGGCUAACAGUUUCCUCCCACAGUCCAAAGACAUACAGUUAGUGGGGUUAGG